AUGCCAACGCCUCUGACCAUCGACGGACUAAGUGCCAAAGAUCUCUCAGAAAAAAUCGAAUUGCUGAUUCACAAUCUCGUCAACAUCAAGGAUGAGACCGGUCAUUUCCUUCUGAAACUGCCUGACGGACGGAUUAUUGACACCAAGGGAUGGAGUGAUUGGGAAUGGACACAUGGCGUCGCUCUGUACGGCCUGUACCAAUAUCAUGCGCUGAUCUCCUCACCACUGGCGCUGAAGACCAUGCAAGACUGGUUUGCUGCAAGGUUAGCCGAGGGAACCACCAAGAACAUCAACACCAUGGCAAGUUUCUUGACUCUCGCAUAUCUGUACGAAGAGACCAGAGAACGAAGUUAUCUACCCUGGCUGGACUCAUGGGCUGAAUGGGCAAUGCAUGAUUUGCCUCGGACUACCUUUGGGGGGAUGCAACAUAUCACGUACCUCGAAGAGAACCACAAUCAACUUUGGGAUGAUACACUGAUGAUGACUGUCAUGCCUUUGGCAAAAAUCGGGAAACUGCUCAAUCGGCCCUGCUACGUCGAAGAAGCAAAAAGACAAUUCCUGCUACACAUCCAGUACCUUUACGAUCCUCAGACAGGGCUCUUCUUCCACGGUUGGCAAUUUGUUGACAAAGUGCCUAGCACAGUAGGUCACAACUUUGCGCGAGCCAGGUGGGCUCGAGGGAAUAGUUGGUUGACGAUUGCUAUUCCGGAUUUCAUCGAGGUCUUGGACCUUCCUCCGGACGACGGCCUAAGGUUGUACCUGGUCAGUGUCUUGCAGGCACAAUGCAGAGCUCUGCGCACCUUGCAGACGGUUGAUGGCAUGUGGCGGACGUUGCUCGACGUGUCAGAGAAGGACGGUAGUUAUCAGGAGGCAUCCGCCACAGCGGGAUUUGCUUAUGGUCUUCUGAAAUCCAUACGGAAGCGAUACAUCUCAAAGGAAUAUAUGGACGUCGCAAUGAAGGCUGUCAGGGCUGUGAUACAACGAAUCGGCAAUGAUGGCGAACUGUUGGAUGUGAGCUUCGGAACAGGGAUGGGAAAGGAUCUUAAGCAUUAUUUGGACAUCGAACGGACCAGUAUGCCGUAUGGCCCAGCGAUGGCAAUGAUGGCUCUGGUGGAAUUUCUCAGGCUGUACCGAUAG